AUGCUCACGCAAUCGAUUUCAAAUUCCUACCACAUGGACAGCUGGCUGACCGCCAUCACCACCACCAGUGCAUUCAGAUACCUCCGCGGAAAGUUCAAGAUAGGGACACCUUUGACAGCAAAGACAGUUGCUUGGAUGCUGAAUGAAAAGUAUACCGAUCGAACAUGCGCGCCAGAUCUGGGAUUCUCGUACCCAGUAUACUUCAAUGCGAAUGCGAUGGACAUGUACCCCGCACGCCGUCCAAGUACAACCGCGUACGUGCAGGCCAAGCGUAUCGCACCCCCCUCAACCCCUCACAAUCAAACCUCCGAUGAAGAGACAGUGCACGAGAAUCCGAGGCGCCGAGAUCUGCAGCGACGGGGGGGAAGGCAGCAAUCGGUCGGCGCUGCUACCGAGAGCUCAGCUCUUGAACGGGGAAACGCGAAGGCUCAAUAG